CCGGCGCAUAAAUGGGCCGCUCUGGCGAGGUGCUGCGCCCCUUCGUCCCCGUCUGCGUGCGCAAUGGCCCGGCGCGCCCUGCUGCUGCUGCUCCUGCUGCUGGCGGUGUGGACACGGCCUGGCCGGCGGGUUCCUGGAGCCGAGGCCCGGGCCGCGCCUUACGGGGUGAAACUGUGCGGCCGCGAGUUCAUCCGCGCCGUCAUCUUUACCUGCGGAGGCUCGCGGUGGAGACGCACAGACGCCCUGGAGCUCCAGGCCGCCGCGGAUGCCUUCGAGGAUGCAGACGGCAACGCAGACAGCCUGGCAGGAGAGCUGGAUGACGCUGUGGGCUCCAGCGAGUGGCUGGCCCUGGCCAAGUCCCCCCAGGUCUUCUACGGUGGCCGACCCAGCUGGCAGGGCGCCCCUGGGGCUCUGCGUGGCAGCCGGGACGUCCUGGCCGGACUCUCCAGCACCUGCUGCAAGUGGGGGUGCAGCAAGAGUGAGAUCAGCAGCCUCUGCUAGGCCGGG